AAGGACCAGUAUAUAAAUAUAUUUAUUUUACAAAUACAGAUCAGAGGUUUUACAUUGCCAUAGUAGUUUGUGAAAUGAUCUCUUAAACUGGUAGACUUGUUUCAAACGUCUUUUGUUUCCUUCUAAAAGCUAUGCACAAUAGUUUGCUGGAACUUUGUAGUAAGUGUUGGUUUUGCUUUGGUCAAGGCGGGAGGAGGGUGCUGGCACAGGGCCCCAUUCAUGCUACAACCGCCCCUGGCCUCCACACAGUAACAGCUGACUGAGAGGUCCGGCUGAGCACGCUCGUUACGUCAAGACGCAGCGCCGACAGAGGAUUUAAAGCAGCGAGUCUGUGCAGCUUCAGUUAGAAACUUUCCAACCCGAGACCAGCGUGUCAGCAUCCACACACCUUCCAGUCAUGUCCAGUGGAAACAACAACAACGCUGCGCGGAUUGACGCGGCCAGAAGAGUCGCGAUCUUCGGAGGGACGCAUGGGAACGAGAUGUCCGGCGUGACACUUGUAAAUCUUUGGAUGCAGAACAGCGCUGAGAUCCAGAGGAAGGAGGUGGACAUCGAACCCUUCAUCACGAACCCGAAGGCUGUGGAGAAGUGCGUUAGAUACGUAGACACGGACCUGAACCGAGCCUUCACUCAGGAGAACCUCAGUGUAACAGGAGGCGAUGAGCUGCCCUACGAGGUACUGAGGGCCCAGGAGAUCAACAGGAUGUUUGGACCCAAAGGAACCCCAGAAGCCUACGAUGUAAUCUUCGACCUCCACAACACCACGUCCAACAUGGGCUGCACUCUGAUCCUGGAAAGCUCCAAAGACGCCUUCAAUCUGCAGAUGAUGAAUUACAUAAAGAAAGCCUUCGCUCCUGCCAGCUGUCUGGUUCUGCUGAAUGAACACCCUCUGCUGAAAUACUCCACUUCUCGCUCCGUGGCCAAGCACCCUGUUGGUCUGGAAGUGGGUCCUCAGCCUCAAGGAGUUCUAAGAAGUAACAUCUUCGAAGCUAUGAGGGUCAUACUGAAACAUGCCCUGGACUUCAUCGAACUGUUUAACGAAGGAAUGGAGUUUCCUCCCUGUACGGUGGAAGUCUUCCGGGUCUUGGAAAGGAUGGACUACCCCCGAGAUGCCAAUGGGAAUAUCAUUGCCAUGGUCCACCCAAACCUGCAGGACUGUGACUGGGAGCCGCUGAACCCUGGUGACCCAAUGUUCCAAAUGUUCGACGGAAAGUCCAUCCACUACCAAGGGUCCACCACAGUCUAUCCCACUUUUAUUAAUGAGGCCGCCUACUAUGAGAAACAACAGGCGUUUGUGACCACCAGGCGAGAAACCUUGGUUGCAAAUGCUGUCAGGAAAGCAUGAAGUGUUCUGUGGAGAGGCAAUAAAAAAACUCCAGAAAUGUGUGUAGAUUUUGCACAGAUUGCAAAUGACCACUCAGUGCAAAAUAACAUUCUGAUUUUAGUUUUUUAUCUUUUUAAUAUGAUAAAAAACAAUUAACUAUGCAAAAAUUCACCUAUUAAGCUGAAUAUUUAUGAUACUGUUAUUUAAAGCCAUUUAUUUACAUUAAAUGAACUGAACUUUUAUUGUAGUUUUAAAGGCCAGGCCUACUUACUGUUGGCUUAUUAAACAUUCCAAACACACUCUUAAGUUUCCUACUGCUGCUCAGGAAGGCCAUGGAAGAUCAAAACCUUCAACCUCUAACCCAGAACUGUUGUCUUCUUGCUGGAAACGUGUUUGUAAGAUCUGUCAGGGUGUGUUGUGUGGCCUUUGAUUCUACCUACCUUUAACUCCAGUGGUUGCAUCUGUGGUGCUGUCCUAUUGUUGCCUUAUUCGGGGGGUUUCAGAGAAAUCUGCACAGCUAAUUUAAAGAAGACUUUCUGUAAAACGUGUCGAUCCACAAAAUGUUAUUUUGACGAGAGACUGUACAUGUUCUCUUCCCUCACACUCAAUUGAUAGUGUGAGACAUGUUUUGUAAUUACAAUAAUGUGUAUUUUUUGAUAUGUCUAUUUAUGUAUGGUUGAUUUUAAGUGUUGUAUGGAACUUGUUAAGUCAUGGUACUUGUCCGAUGUUUUUAAUGACUUGUGUCUCUGUGUAACAACGUUGUCUUACUGUAGGACAUUUUUCAAUCAACAGUAUUUCUAUGAGCACAGUUUAUAUUAAACAGUAAAAUACUGUGAAAAUUA